AUGCGUUGCGUAGUAGUCAUUCUCGCCGCUGUUACGGUAUUGGCCUACGCCCAAGUGCAGAACACCGGCUAUGAGACCGCCGAGCAAGUCCAGCCUGCUCCAGCUCCAAUCAGCGCCAGCGGUGGAGAUCAGCAAGCCUACAACUCUGAUGCUGCUGCUCCAGUAGCUCCUGCUUCUCCUCUCCCACCUCCCCCUCCACCGCCGCCAUCACCACCCGCACCCGUCCGAGAGAGUUACGCGUCUCCACCUCCACCUUCUUGGGUCCUGACAACGGCAUGGGAUACAGACGUCGCCGUGUUUUCCGUCACCGAGCUCGCAAAGCUCGUUUCUGAAAUAAUGUAUCAUAAACGAAUGCGAUAA